CACACACACACACACACACACACACACACGCACGCGCGUACAAGAAGAAGAAGAGGAAGAAGAAGAAGAAGAAGAAGAAGAAAACUGGAGGCUCUCGGGCCGACUCCCCGAUAACUAGGACCGUCGGUUUCCCCCCCUAGGUCGCCGACGUAGACCCAAGAAAUGUCGGUGGAUACCGCCGCCCGCCAGGUGUCCUCGACGAUGUCCAGCUCCCCGCACAACCGGCUCUCGCACUCGGCGACGGCAACUGGAAAGGAGAGGCGGGUAUCGCGGGCUUGCGUCUCCUGCCGGCUCAGGAAGACGAGAUGUGACCUUGACUACGGAGGGAACCCGGGUAUACCUCCCUGCCGCCGAUGUGUCCGGGAGCAAAAGGAAUGCGUCUUGGCGACCUCGAAACGAGGCGGGAGACGGCCCCGGAAGUUUGUCCGCCUCCCCCAGACGGACAGUGACGCAUUGCUCCCGCACCGCAGCGCCCCCGCUGCGCCGCCGUAUGAUUCGUUGCCCGCCGGCGUCGACGGCGCCAGCUCCUCGGCCAUCAGCCACGCGGAAGAGCGGAACCAACGCUCCGCGAGCCCCGAGUCCCCUCGCCGCGACGAGCAGCCGCGGUCGUGCUCGCCGGGGGGGGACGACGACGACGACGCGUCCGGCCGCCGCCCAGCGAGCUGGCCCGGAUCCGCGUCUCAGCCUGACAGCCCCGGCGGCCGGUCGACGCCGUCCCUCAACAGCUCCGGCGACAUCGAGGGCCACAUCACCUCCAGCGACCUCCUGAACCCCUCCGAUGCCCUCAACCUCCUCGCCCAGGUCGCCGACCUCGACGGCGAGGAGUCCCGCGAGGGGAUCCAGGACCUGCCCAGCAUCAAGUCCGGGGCCAGCGACAAGCGCAGCCCCAAGAGAGGGUCGCGGAAGCCUUCCACGCCCGCCGUCACCUACUAUCCACCCAUCUCGGACGGCAUACUGAGCACCUCGGUAGCAUCACGCCUGCUUUCAACCUACAUCGAACACUUCCAUCCCUUCUUCCCUGUGGCGGAUAAGUGCAUCCUGAGCCAUUCGCCCGCCACCAUCUCUCGCCAGAUAGAGUCGGAACCGCACCUCCUCACCGCCAUCUUCACCGUGACGUCCAAGGACGAGCCCUCCCUGUCCCGCGUCCACGAGGCGUGCUCGCGGUACAUGGAGACGCUCAUCUCGAAGCUGAUCUACAAGGGCUCGACCACCGUCGGCGCCGUCGAGGCCCUGCUGAUACUCGCGCAGUGGGCGCCGCAGAGGCUGCAGGAGAAGCCCACGGUGGGGAGGGGCGAGGAAGACGAGGGCGCGUGGAUGCAGAUCGGCGUCGCCAUCCGCUUGGCGUACCUGCAGGGCCUGGAACAGACGGGCCUGUUGGCGGACAAGACGAGCCCGUCGUCCGAGACCUUCAGGAGGAAACGGAUCGUCUGGGCCGCCUGUUACAUGAGCGACCGCGAGGUAUCGAUUCGCGUCGGCAAGGGCUUCUGGUCGCGCGGGCCGGGACCAUCCACCAUUCCCCGCUCCGCCGACUUCCCGUCGUUGAGAACCCAGGAGGCGGGGUCCGACAACCUCGGGCAGCUGUUCCAGGCACAGCUCGAGCUGAUUCAGCUCUUCAGCAACGCCCAUGACAUCCUGUACUCGUCGUCGAGCCACAGGGCCCAGCUCUACCUGGGUGGAGAGUACGUGAGGUACAUCGACGACUCGUUCGCUGUUCUACGGAAAUGGAAGAUCGUUUGGGGAAGCCUAAACUUCACGCCGCUAAUCAAAGCCGCCCUGAACCUCUCAUACGAGUUCCUCCGCCUCUACAUCAACGCCUUUGCCUUCCAGGCAACCAUCAACCGAGCCAUCACCAAGGCGCGUCAGCAGCAACAGCUGCAGCAACAGCAGCAAAAUCCACAGCAGCAGCAACAGCAGCAAAAUCCGCAGCAGCAGCAUCAUCAACAGAACGGGAAUGAGGCGCCAGGCUCCCGGGCACGCGCGAGGCAGGCCCCGGGCAUCAGUAACCCCCUCUUCGCAGAUCUGGCCAGCACGCCCGACGCCCGCUUCAUCUACGAGUCCAUGGACGCCGCCAACUCCCUGCUGAACAUUCUGAACACGUCCGUGGACCCCUCGACCGGGCUGAGGUACAUGCCGCUCAAGUACUACCUCUACGUCAUUUACGCAGCCGUAUUCCUAUUCAAGGCCCGCCUCGCCGGCGCACUCGGCAACGAAGCAUCCGAAAGCGUGCGCCGCUCCAUAAACGUCACCAUCGAGUGCCUGCAGAAGUCGUCCUCGAGCGCCCACAGCCUGGGCCAGCGCUACGCCAGCCUGCUCUCCCUCCUCUGGCGCAGCAAGCCGCCGCAGGAGCUUUCCCGGCACCAGCAGCACCAGCACCAGUACCACCAACAACAACAACAUCAUCCUUCCCAGCUCCUCGCCGCCGCUGCCGUUGCCUCCGGGGGCCCGUGCGGCCACGACGCCGCCAUGGUCGACGGCCUCCCGGGGACGUCGGGAGGACCGGGGUUCGGCCCGUCUUCGUCAGCCAACAGCGUGUCCCCCGCCACAGUCACCGGGCCGGCCGGGCCGAACGCGACGGACCCCGCCUCGGCGGCGGGCUUCGGUGUCGGCGGCGGGCACGCGCAGCAUCAUCACCAUCAACACGGGUUCGGAGGCGCGGGGGCCGGGCAGGGACACCCGGGAGCCGGCGGCUUCCCGGCGCAGCCCGACCUGCUCUUCCGGGGCUUCUCGUGGCGGGACCUGGACGACCUGGGGCAGUUCAUCGGCCCGGAGGACAUGGGCUUCUCGGACCCGGGGAACCUGGCGGCCAUGGGCGGGCUGGGCAAUCUGGACGACGGGGCGGCGUACGAUGUUCUUUGGCCGGGGAACGAUGCAGUAUUCUAGCUUAGCAGCCGUGAGUGGGAGGGGGAUGGGGCGUCUCGAGGUUAAGCCUGUCUGUCUCCCGUCUGCAUUGAAAAAAUAAAAAUGGUCAGG